AUUACAAUAUCUUGAAACAUCUUGGUAGGAAAACCAAACCAAACCCCUGAACUCUAAUGGCUGCUCCUCUCUCCACCAUUGUAGAUAUCUACUUCACUGACACCAUAAGAACAAGGUUCACCAUCACUUCCCCUUCAAGGUCAAAGACUCAUAGAAAAUGUGCUGCCACUUCCAAUUCCAACACAGAAGCUCCCCUUUCACCAACAUCAGACACAUCCAACAACAACAAGAACAAGAACAAGAACACUUCAUUAUCAGACCAACUCACUCCCCUUUCCAACACCACAUUACCCACUUCAGAACAAACCCAUGUUCUGUCAAAGCCACCAAAACCCACCUGGCUCAACCCCACCAAGGCCAAGCGCCCUGUGCUCAAUCACCAGAGGCAGAAACGUGCUUCUCCUUCAUACAAUCCACAGCUCAGAGAUUUCCAGCGCUUUGCUCAGAAGCUGAAUGAUUGUGACGCCGCUGAUUUCACCGCUUGUCUUGAGGAAAUCCCACACGCUCCGCUUACCAGGGAAAACGCGCUUUUGCUGCUCAACAGCUUGAAGGCAUGGCAGAAGACCCUUAUGUUUCUGAACUGGAUGAAGACGACCCAGGAUUCGUUACCCAUGGAAACCAUCUUCUACAAUGUCACAAUGAAGUCUUUGAGGUUUGGGAGGCAGUUUCAGCUGAUUGAAGAACUUGCACACCAGAUGAUUGAUGAUGGGAUUCAACUGGAUAACAUCACUUACUCCACUAUCAUCAGCUGUGCCAAGAAGUGCUACCUGUUUGAUAAGGCUGUGUACUGGUUUGAGAGGAUGUACAAGACCGGUUUGAUGCCGGACGAGGUAACUUAUUCGGCUAUAUUAGAUGUUUAUGCAAGGUUAGGCAAGUUUGAAGAGGUGGUGAGUUUGUAUGAGAGAGGUAGAGCAACAGGGUGGAAACCUGACCCUAUCACAUUCUCUGUGCUGGCGAAGAUGUUUGGGGAGGCUGGGGAUUAUGAUGGGAUUAGGUAUGUUUUGCAAGAGAUGAAGUCUCUUAGUGUGCAGCCUAAUUUAGUUGUGUACAACACCUUGUUGGAGGCAAUGGGAAAGGCUGGGAAGCCAGGGUUUGCGCGGAGCCUGUUUGAAGAAAUGAUUGACUCGGGGAUAGCGCCGAACGAGAAGACUCUAACAGCAUUGAUCAAGAUAUAUGGCAAGGCCAGGUGGUCUCGCGAUGCGUUAGAACUGUGGCAGCGGAUGAAGGAAAAUGGCUGGCCUAUGGAUUUUAUUCUGUACAAUACAUUGUUGAAUAUGUGCGCCGAUGUCGGGUUGGUGGAGGAAGCUGAAACUCUAUUCAGGGACAUGAAACAGUCUGAGCAUUGUAGGCCAGACAGUUGGAGUUACACAGCAAUGCUCAACAUAUAUGGGAGUGAAGGGGAUGUUGACAAGGCAAUGAACUUGUUUGAAGAGAUGAAUAAGUUGGGUAUUGAACUAAACGUGAUGGGGUGCACCUGUUUGAUUCAGUGCUUGGGAAAGGCUAUGGAAAUCGAUGAUUUGGUUCGAGUUUUCAAUGUUUCAGUGGAGAGAGGAGUUAAACUAGAUGAUAGGCUAUGUGGUUGCUUGUUAUCCGUUUUGUCUCUAUCUCAAGGUAGCAAGGAUGAGGAAAAGGUCCUUGCUUGUUUGCAGCAAGCUAACCCAAAAUUGGUUGCUUUCAUUCAGUUGAUUGUAGAUGAGGAAACUAGUUUUGAGACUGUGAAGGGAGAGUUCAAGGGUAUCAUAAGUAAUGCCACGGUUGAGGUGAGAAGACCCUUCUGUAACUGCUUGAUUGACAUAUGCAGAAGCAAAGAUCUCCAAGAGAGAGCUCAUGAACUACUCUACUUGGGGACCUUGUAUGGAUUAUACCCAGGUCUGCACAGCAAGACAGAGUAUGAAUGGUGUUUAGACGUUCGAUCAUUGUCAGUUGGUGCAGCUCUAACUGCACUAGAAGAGUGGAUGUGGACACUCACCAAAAUUGUUCAGCGAGAGGAGGCGCUGCCGGAGUAUUUCUUAGCCCAGACAGGUACUGGUGCUCAUAAGUUUGCCCAAGGAUUGAACCUUUCUUUUGCUUCUCAUGUGAGGAAACUAGCUGCUCCAUUUAGGCAGAGUGAGGAUAAAGUUGGCUCUUUUAUUGCAACUAGAGAGGAUUUAGUCUCUUGGAUACAAUCAAAGUUUCUCUCAACCACUACGGCAACAUAGAAUGUAGAGAAGAGAAGCUCAGUGACAUUCACCUCUUUUGGCUAUGGGCAAUACGUAACAACGAUGCUUGCAAGUCUAUUUUAUCUUAAAAUGUCAAGAAGUGGAGAGUUGAAGCCAAGGGAGAUGGGAUGUGAUAUUCCCCUCAAUUUAUUAGAAUGUAAACACCCCUGAAAUUUAGUGUUCCUUUAUCUUGUCCACUUUUGUCUUGCAUCUUCAAGUUUGGGUAAAAAGCUAGAUGCAAUCAUGCUGCUGCCUUUUGUGAAUUGAUCGUUAACAUGUAUUCAAAUUGUUUUGGAAUGCUAGAAAUUCAAGCACAUUCACAAAA